AUGAUUAGAACAUUAUUAAGACCAACUUCAUUGAGACUCGUCACACCAAGUUUCAGAACCUUCUCCACAUUUUCAACCAGAUUUCAAUUGAUAGAUAAAGACUCACACGCCUACAAGUAUUUACAUGAAAAGACACCAGUUGCAACGAAAUUUACUGAAGAUCAUGAAUGGGUUCAUUUGUACGAUGAUGAUUCUGCUUUUGUAGGUAUCACUCAAUAUGCUGCUCAAGCUUUAGGUGAUGUUACUUUUGUUGAUUUACCAGAAGUUGGUGAUCGUUUGGAAUUGAAUGAAACUUUGGGUUCUGUUGAAUCUGUCAAAUCAUCUGCUGAUGUUUAUUCUCCAGUUGACGGUGAAGUUGUUGGUGUCAAUCUCAAUUUAGAAAGUGAACCAGGUAUUUUGAACCACGACCCAACAAAAGACGGGUGGAUCGUUCACAUUAAAUUGGAUGAUCCUGCUCAAGUUACCAAUUCUGAAACUUUAAUGAAUGAAGAGCAAUACAAGAAAUUUUUAGAAGAAGAAGAAGAAGGACAUUAA